AAAUGCAUGUGGUCACAUUCGUUUGCAUGCGUCCGCUCGUAGAGUUGCAUGAGAAGUGUUGGCAGCAGCAGCAAGGCACUCUCUGAUUGGUCUGCGGAGGAAAACGUUCACCCAAACUGCGGAUCUGUGGAGUCCAGAUGCUCGAGCUCAGUCCUUCAGGCUAAAAGUGAAACGACAGAAAAGAGAACAUGCCUGGACCUCCACCGCCUCCGCCUGGACCUCCUCCUACCUUUUCUCAGGCGAACACAGAGAAGCCGAAUCUGAGCAGAAAUGAGCAGCAAGGGAGGAACGCUUUGCUUUCAGACAUCAAUAAAGGGGCUCGACUGAAGAAAACCGUCACCAAUGACCGCAGCGGCCCAGUGCUAGACAAGCCCAAAGGAGGUGGAGGAGGAGGAGGAGGAGGUGGAGGUGGAGGAGGAGGUUUUGGGGGCGGAGCGUCAGGUGGAAUGGGCGGCCUGUUUCAAGGUGGAAUGCCAAGACUGAAAUCAGCAGGAAACAGAGAUGGCAAUGUAAGAGCACCAAUGCCCCCAUCAGGCGGAAGAUUUCCAGCACCCAGCAGCCCAGCCGGAAGAUUCCCAGCUCCCAGCAGCCCUGCAGGAAGCAGACCACCAGUCCCUGGUCCAGGACGUCCUUCUCCUGGGAGAGCCGGACCACCACCCAUCCCAUCGUCAUCACGUUCACCCCAGCACAGCUCUCCUGGAGGACCACCACCUAUUCCUGGAGGACGGCCACAGGGUUCCUCUCCAGGUCCACCACCCCCAAACUCAUCAGGCAGACGAACAAGCUUUCCUCAACCUCCAAGGGAGUCUCAGUCCUCCUUUCCUCCACCUCCAAGAGAGUCCUCCUUCCCUCCACCCCCAAGAGAAUCCUCCUUCCCUCCUCCCCCAAGAGAGUCCUCCUUCCCUCCUCCUCCUAGAGAGUCCUCCUUUCCUCCUCCCCCAAGAGAGUCACAUUCCUCCUUCCCUCCUCCUCCAAGAGAGUCCCAGUCCUCUUUCCCACCACCCCCAAUCCCUGCAAGUGGCCGGCCUCCAUUACCCUCAAUCCCCGGCAGGCCUCAAGCAGAUGACUUCCCUCCACCUCCACCACCUGCUGGAGGAAGAAGAGAGUCAUUCUGUAGAGAUGGACCUCUACCACCACCUCCACCAUCAACUGAAUGCAAACCAAUGGGUUCUCAGAGGCCUAUGGGAAAUGCACCUCCAUCACUGCCUCCAGGGAGAGGGGGAGCACCACCCAUCCCACCAUCAUCACGGGAUGAGCCCAGCACUAGAGGAGCUUCACGAAACAGCCUUCCUCCUCCACCACCACCAGGACGCACUAGUCCUCUACCACCACCACCAUCCAAUGAGAGACCACCUCCAUCAGGAAAAUCUGCACGCUCAGGUUCUCUUCCUCCUCCUCCACCUGCAGGAGGAAACAGAGGUGGAGCGCCUCCUCCUGUUCCUCCUCCUAAUCGUCCUGGUGGAUCCGGCAGACCCUCUUUAGCCCCAGACCCUCCAGCACCCAGAGUGCCCAGCUUCCCUCCUGCACCACAAUCUGAUUCCAUCAACGGCUACCAGUGUCCUCCACCGCCAGCCUCAGAUGAGUGGGGGAUGAGGUUUUCUUUCCACUCUCUGUCUGAAUUACCUCCACCAGAGCCAUACAUCUCCUUCUCCAAGUCUUACCCGAGCAAAUCUGGAGGCAAAGGAAUAAAAGAUAGAGGAGCGCCACCUUUGCCCCCAAUUCCCAGAUGAAAUGGCUUGAUUUAACUGCUGAAUAAUGUUUGAGUUAUGUCCAUUGUUUUUUCAUGCAUUUUGAGUAUACCAGUUUAAAAAAAACAUCAUUAAAGUGCAUUCUGUCAUCA